CAUCAGAUACCUCAACUCAAUUCAAUUCAACUAUGCACUCAAACACAGACUUCCAAACUCAACUGUGCACACCAAACAUAGAUAAUAAUUACCAACUCAACAACUCAACUCUCUACUUUUAUCAUGCACCAGAUGCUCUUUAACAGAGGUAACUAUUAGAAACACACAAAUCCUAUUAAAGUAAAUUAGAUAAAGAUACAAGAAACUGCUCCCAAUCAUAGGCUGCCACGUAUCGCAGUCAUUUUGUAUUCAUUUUUCUCGUCAAUAAUGCAUAUUUUGGUUAGGUAAUGAGUCAACGAUGACCUCACUAAUUUGUUUCUAAAAGUACUUCCACUUAGUCUUCUUCCCCUUCACUCUGUCCAAAAUUUCCAAUUCCUCUGUUCACAGAACGUAAUUUCCAUGGAUUCUAUUUCCCGAAGGUCGAAGAGGAACGGAACCGAAAACUCCGACGGCCGCGACGGCAAGGUGGUCGUCAGAAGGAGGCCUCUGACGAUGACGGAGCUUUUAACAUCAACAAGCUCUACACUCGCGACGAUCAUGUUCGCCUGGUCAAUCAUCCGUCAAUACUGUCCUCACGGUCUCCGCCAAUAUUUCCAUUCAUAUUUAGGCAAGUUCUUCGAUUACAUCUAUCCUAGUCCGUACAUUCGAAUCGCAAUCUACGAAUUCGCCGGCGAUCGUCUCAGUCGAAACAAAGCCUUCGCGGCGGUUGAAGCUUAUCUGAGCAAUAAACUUUCGGAUGACGCCAGAAGACUCAAAGCUGAGGUCGGGGAAAGCAAGAAAAACUUCACAUUGAGUAUGGAUGAGUACGAAAGAGUUACCGAUGAGUAUGAAAACGCCGAGUUCUGGUGGACUUUGACCAAAAUCGCCGGAUCGACAAAGAAAUCCACCUCCCUGUAUCCAGAACCCGAUCGGAGAUAUUACCAGCUUAAAUUUCACAAGAAGCAUCGAGAACUCGUAAAAGAAUCGUAUCUGAAGCACGUACUGAAGGAAGGGAAAGAAAUCAGAAUGAAUCGGAGACGAAGGAAGCUUUACACUAAUGGAACAGGAAAUCGAUGGCUACCUCACCGGCAAUCGACGAUGUGGAGCGAAGUUUAUUUCGAGCAUCCUGCAAAUUUUGACACAAUCGGCAUGGAUCCAGAGAAAAAGCAAGAGAUUAUAGAAGAUUUACUUACAUUUAGCCAAAGUAAGGAGUAUUAUGCUCGAAUCGGCAAGGCGUGGAAACGAGGUUACCUUCUGUACGGCCCGCCGGGGACGGGGAAAUCGACGAUGAUCGCCGCCAUGGCUAAUUUGUUGAACUAUGACGUUUACGAUUUGGAAUUAACAGCAGUGAAGGACAAUACAGAGCUUCGGAAGCUUUUAAUUGAGACGACGAGUAAAUCGAUAAUCGUGAUUGAAGAUAUUGAUUGUUCAUUGGAACUCACAGGGCAAAGGAAAAUCAAGAAAGAAGAAAGCUCGAAGGAAGAGGAGAAAGUAAAGGAGAAAGCAAUUAAGGAACCGAAGAAAGAAGAAGAAGAGGUGAAAACCAGAGUAACUCUAUCUGGAUUGUUGAAUUUCAUCGACGGAAUUUGGUCGGCGUGCGGCGGAGAGAGGCUGAUUGUUUUCACAACAAAUCAUGUGGAGAAGCUUGAUCCGGCAUUGAUUCGAAGAGGUAGAAUGGACAAACACAUAGAGCUUUCUUAUUGUAGCUAUGAAGCUUUCAAAGUGUUGGCUAAGAACUACUUGAAUGUUGAGACGCAUGAGCUUUUUAAGGAGAUUAAAGAGCUUAUUACAGAUGCAAAAAUGACGCCGGCGGACGUUGCAGAGAAUCUAAUGCCGAAAUCACGGCAAGAAGAGGCGGAUAUUUCGCUUCGUAGGUUAAUUGAGAGCUUGAAAGAGCUGAAGAGAGCAGCGGAGGAGAAGAAGAAAAGAAAGGAAGAGAAGUCAAAGGAGUCGUCGUCGUCGUCGUCGUCGUUGUCUUCGGAAAAGAAAGGAUGAUAAGGUAGUUGAUAUCUUUUGUCUAAAGAAGCUAGCACUAUAAAGUAAAAUUAUUAUAUAUAAAUAAAAGUUAAAUUAAAGUUUAGUUUAUAUCUUUUGGUUAUGCUUCUAUUUGGUUCUUCAUCUUAUUUUCAAAUGUAGACAUUUUCCAAGUUUCUAAAUCUAUUAGAUACAAAUUUGGAAUUGAAUUAUAGUUUA